UUUUUUUUUUAUGUCUUCAAUAAAUGAAUGGUUAGAGGAAGAAGGAUAUUCGAAUAUUUCAGAAUCUACAAAUUAUUUUGCUGAUUCAGAACCUUCAGAGAGUUCAGGACAAUUUAGUUAUACAAUCGAAGAAUUAGAAAAUCCAACUGUUCAUAAUCUUAUUGUCGAUGAUGAAUGGACAGUCAUCAACAAUAAAGAUGAAAUAGAAAAAUAUCUUCCAGAAACAGAAAGCAUUCCAAUCAGAAUAGGGAUUUCAAAAAUAAAGAGUCAAAUACUAAAACCCUAUGAGUCGUUGGAUUUAAGUGAAGCUAUUGAACAUAAAAGAGGCUAUGUUCUUAAUACAGGUGGUUCUAUUUGGGGUCUUGAUUUUCUCCCCAUGUCAGAAGAAAUGCAAAAUGAUGAUGAUAGUGUACAGUACUUGGCAGUAGGUGGAUACAGAUCAGUGAAAGAACAUUACAUAUUCGGUGAUGAUUCUGAUGAAGAACAUCGUCAUAAUGCUAUACAGAUUUGGAAAUGUCAUAGCUCAACUACACCAAGCACUAAACAUUUACCUACUCUUGAAAUGUGUUUAUUGCAUGAAUAUGGUGCUAUUUGUAAAUUAGAAUGGUGUCACGUCAGUCUAUAUCAAGAAAAUCAUAUAUUAGGGAUAUUGAUAGCUCUAUUUACAGAUGGUGUAGCCAGAAUCUUUAUUGUGCCCCAUCCAGCCUACUUUCAUAAAAGAGAAAAUAUAGAUAAUUCAAAAACAAUAUACGUUAAGGUAAACAAACCAAGAGUUUUACUCGUUUUACCAAAUAUAAAGAUGGUAUGUUUCUCUAUGGGAUGCUGUAGAAAAUUGGCAUGCGGCACAGAUACAGGAAGUAUAUUUGUGUGGGAUAUAAUAUCGUCUAUUAUAGAAAAUAAGCCAGUUUUAAGUGUUGCUAUUAAUGAUGUAAGUAAAGUACCUGUUACAAAUGUCUCUUGGAGAGACUUGUACACAGAAGAAGUACUAUUUAGUCUUGAUAUGGAAGGUAGUUUUACUUUGCAUGAUUUAAAAGAUCCAUUUAUUAUCAUUAAUGAGUUUAGACUUCGACUUGAAUAUGCCCCAAUGAUGGGAACAGGUGAUGGUAUGGGGUUCAUCUACGGUGACAGUAAUGAUAAUACAGUUAAAAUAAAUCAAAUAUUGGGUGUAGAAAACUCAAUUGAAAUCGCACGCCAUUAUGGACGUAUUUGGGAUAUAGCCCUUAGUCCAUAUCAUAAUAUAGCUGCUUCAGUUAGUUAUAAUGGUGCAGCUAUCAUAAGUCCUAUUCUGCGACAAGUCUUUCAUUACAAACCAAAAGUGACGCGUAAUGAAUAUAUAUUAUAUGUAAUACACUAUAACUCCAAAACAAAAGGUUUCCGUUAUAUAGAUGGAUUAAAAUCAGUGUCAAAGAUACCAUAUCGUGGUGAAUACAAUGGUUGUAUUGAUCAAGUGCACUCUUUACAAAGGAUUGUAUGGAAUCGUAAUAAAAAUGCUAAGGGUUGGAUAGCAUCUGGCGGAGGAGCUGGUCUUUGUCGAUUAGAUUAUACUGGCUGUUGAUGAUAUAUAUACAUCAUGAAGGAAUUCAAUAUGACCUGUAAACUAUACAUUUUUUUUAUAGACUAUUUAUGACAAAUUCUUUAAUCUAAAAUUAUAACAUCAUAAUAAUACUAUACUAAUUUUUAUUUCAAAAUAAAACAAUGACUUCUAUGUCUUUUUAUUACAAUUAUCGUCCC